CAUGGAGGAGCUGGACCUGAGUCUGAUUGAUGCCCUGACGGACAGCGUCCCCCGGGAGGGUCCAGAGGGCCUGGUGGGGAGAGACUUCGUGGCGAUGCUGGAGUCCGAGGCCUUCGUUGACCAGGUGGGCGAGAAGGUGGGCAAGACAGACUACAUCCUCCUGAUGGACAAUGAUGGGACCAGGGCAGAUGCCAACCCUGUGUUGGAUAAUGGCAAGCUGGACGCCCAAGAGGCACAACAACCUGGUUCUAAUGUGACACCGGGGGGACAGAUAUCAGCUUCGCGCCCAGAACCACAGGGGGAAGUGCGUCCCAACUCGGCAGAGCACCAGGUCUUUGCAGCAACAGAUUUCCUCUCAGGCUCCAUGGCGGGCGUCCCUGAUCAGUGGAGCUCCCAGCCCAACAUCCCGCCCCGGAUGAUGGAUAGUGGACUGAUAAGAGAUUCCUCAGGUUUCUCCCAGCAUGCCAUGGGGCUGAAUAUGGACAUGGGGAUGGCUCUACUGUCAGCAGAGAGGCCUCCCAGCAUCGCUGAGCACCAGACGCCCAAGGACAUGUCUACAGGUGCCCUGGACGAUGGCUGGACAGACAAGGUUCGCAUUCCCACCGACCUGCCGUUCACCCCAAGCUUCUCCACAAUGAUCAGUCACCAUGAAAGCCACCUGGGGGCCAGCCCCGAGGACGUUCCUGACUGUGGCUGGCCCCACCAAGAGGCCUUGGCCAUGGGGGAGGAGAUGGAGAGCAACGAGGGAAAUGACUGCAAACAACAACAACAGCAGAAGAAGAAGAAGAAGAGGAGGCCCCGAGACGAGGUGUACGACAGGGGCCAACCGGAGACUCAGGCUGAGAACACAAUCGCGUCAGAGGGCCACCACGGGGUCACCCCCUGCAAGGACAGGGACAGGAUGGUGGGGGGCUGGGAGCGGGAAGAGCCAGGGAGGAGUGGAGGCAGGGGAAAGAGGGGCAAGAGCAGGAAGAAGCUUCCAGAAGAGUGGGGGUUUACAGCCGAGCCCUUCGUGCCCUCCUCUGCCGCUCACCUCUCUGAGGGGGUGUUAGACCAACUAGCGCCCCCCAUCGUCCACCGCCGGCGCCUGGAGAACCCCUGCUCUAGUAUGGGUGACAUGGGGCUGAUCCCUGCCAGUGAAGACCUCUUCCCUUCAUCUCUCACCCAGGAUCUGCUCCCUCUCAUGGCCCCAACCUCCCCUCCACCUGCCAUGAGCUGCGAUCACCUGCCUACCACCCCCGUCUCUAUCCCCACCAGUCAGGGAGACUUCUCGCCCAGAGGCACCUUCCCCACGUGUCCUGGAGACCCAUUCACCGCCAGCUACCAAGACCUGCUUAUGGAUACAGAGACUGCCAGCCUGGGUAAUGACAAAGAGGCUUUUUCCCCAGCUUUUUCCCUAGAUUCCCUAGUUCAUGAGUCAGGGGUCAAAGUGAUGUUUGAUCAUGACACCUCAAUGCAGGAUGUCCAUAUUGAAGAUGCCGUGAGUUUUAGCCCCACCCACCAACCAGAUAGUGUCCUAUCACCAUUGGAGAAGCCUAGUGAGCUCACAGCGACCGCACCCCCUUUCUCCCCCUCCGACAGCUCCUGGCUCAUCAACGACUACCACUUCAACAACAACUGCUUUGAGUUCAGUGACAUCACUCCAGGGCACUCCCUACCUGUGGGCCUGGCCUUCGACACACCCAGCCCAGUCCCGCUCCGCUCCCCCAAAACCGUGCCUGAAUUCUACCCCAGGGGGGGCAAAAAGGCCAAAUCCCCAUCACAGAAGAUACCCAAGAAGUCCCGCUCCUCCUCCUCCUCCUCUUCCACCAAAAGCCCCACCUCACCAGGUUCCAGUCUGAACCCCACCGCCCAGUCCUUCUUCCCCUGCUUCGCCAACCCCACAGAGCCCCUCACCGUGGUGGUGGCCCCAAUGUCUGAAGGUUUGUUGCAGUGGCGUGUGAUGUUCACCAGGAGGAUUAGAGGAGUCGACCAAUACCUUGUAUGGGCAUGUGGCUCUACGGCUGGGCUGGGACCGACCCAAUAGCCCAGUUUAGACAGCCUGACUGACUAACUGAGAUACACUCUGUCCGAGGGACGUGGUUUGGCUUUUUGGGCGAGUUUCCUCUUACCCACAAGGCACUGCUGCUUCUGGGCAGUGCUGGAGUGUUCUCAUUAACCCUGUGUGGUCCAGGGUGUGCUACUAACUACAACACACACUCACCACAUUGCGGUUUCACCGGCAUUUUCUUUCAUCACCAAACCUCUCUCUCUCUCUCUGUCUUCCUUUCUGCUGUGUCCCAGUGUCUCUCUUAGUCUAGUAUGUUGAAGGUCCAUGACUUCUUCAUGUCUUCAUAUCCUCUCUGUUUUGAAUUAAACAUUUUUUCCCUCCACGCUGUCUCUUCUAUAGCUAACAUUUCGUUCAGAGAGGAGCCUCUAAACAGUUCUCUGUUGAUGUCCAAACCACUUGCAAUGCAUGUACCGCUCACUAACCAAAAACAUGUCUGAAUGAAUAUACACUCAAAUCAGGUCACAUGUUUUAAUAACACAUUGUUAUUACCUCUUUCUUUCGUUCCAUGUCCUGCCGAUUCCCUUCUGCCUCCACGACGGCCAC